AUGACCUCUGCCGUUCGCAAAGCCAAUGGCGCCGGCCUGGCGCCGCUGACGAGAGCAUUCCAGUCGGGCCUGUCGUCCACGGGUCGGACUGCCGUUCACUGCUCCCGCCAGGCUGCUUCUUUACAAUCCUCACACAUCGUCACAAGGUCCCUGAGCUCGACGAGCAGGAUGGCCAACCUGGCUACCUUCAAGAUCCCCAAGGUGCUCAAUGAGCCCAACCAUCACUAUGCCAAGGGCUCUUCACAGCGACAAGGCCUCACGGCUGCCGUCGAGUCUCUGCAGUCCAAGCUCCCGUUACAGGUUCCCCUGGUAGUGGGAGGUAAAGAGGUCAAGACAUCAGAAACCUCGAAGCAGUUCAACCCUUCCAACCACUCCCAGACUGUCGCCGAGUACUCCCUCGCGACGCCUUCGCACAUCAACACCGCUAUCGAAUCUGCGCUGGCUGCUAAGCCGGCGUGGGAGGCUCUCCCCUUUGCUGAUCGCGCAGCCGUCUUCCUCAAGGCCGCCGACCUAAUUGCCACCAAGUACAGGUACGAUAUCAUGGCAGCCACCAUGCUCGGCCAAGGAAAGAAUGCAUGGCAGGCCGAGAUCGACGCGGCCGCCGAGCUGUGCGACUUCCUCCGCUUCAAUGUGUCGUAUGCCGAGGAGAUGUACGCCCAGCAGCCGGCCCACAACGCCCCGGGCGUCUGGAACCGAGUCGAGUACCGUCCGCUCGAGGGCUUCGUAUACGCUGUCAGCCCCUUCAACUUCACUGCCAUUGCUGGCAACCUGCCUGGCGCCCCCGCCCUACUCGGCAACGUUGUCGUGUGGAAGCCUUCCGACUCGGCCAUUGCCUCCAACUGGUUGCUGUACCAGAUUCUGCUGGAGGCUGGUCUCCCUAAGGACGUUAUCCAGUUCGUCCCAGGCCCGCCGGAGGAGAUCACCAAGGCAGUCCUGGCUCACAAGGAGUUUGCGGCGCUGCACUACACCGGUAGCACGGCCAUCUUCCGCAAGCUCUACGGCCAGAUUGGCGAGGGCACUGCUGAGGGUCGGUACAAGGGCUACCCGCGUAUCGUUGGCGAGACGGGCGGCAAGAACUUCCACCUCAUCCACAGCUCGGCCGACAUCGAGAACGCAGCCAUCCAAACUGUCCGCGGUGCCUUCGAGUAUCAGGGCCAAAAGUGCAGCGCCACUAGCCGCGUCUACGUCGCCAAGUCCAUCUGGCCUCAGUUUAAGUCUAAGCUCGUCGCCGAGACUGAGGCACUGAAGCUUGGCCAGCCGUGGGAGCACCAGAACUUUGUCGGCCCCGUGAUCCACGCCCCAUCAUUCAAGAAGCUCUCGGGAGUCAUCGACGCUGCCAAGGAUGACCCUGAACUUACCCUGCUGGCUGGUGGCAAGUACGACGACAGCAAGGGGUACUUUGUGCACCCGACCAUCUACGAGACCUCGUCUCCUACCCACAAGAACCUUUCUACCGAAUUCUUCGGCCCCAUCCUGACCGUCUACGUCUACGACGACGCGGCGGGCGCCGACCCGACGGCCGCCUUCGCCGAGGCUUGCAAGCUCGUCGACUCGACAGGCGAUUAUGGCCUCACGGGUGCCGUCUUCGCGCAGGACCGCAGCGCCGUCCUCCAGGCCGAGAAGGCCCUGCGCAACUCAGCCGGCAACUUCUACAUCAACUGCAAGAGCACCGGCGCCGUCGUCGGCCAGCAGCCCUUCGGUGGCGCCCGCGCCAGCGGCACGAACGACAAGGCCGGCAGCAUGAACUUCCUGACCCGCUUCAUCAGCGCGCGCAGUUUGAAGGAGGAGUUCGUCCCCACCACCAAGGUGGCGUACCCGAGCAACGAGGUCUAG